CACAUGCUAAAGCCAUGCAUAUUCUUUCAGGGUUUGCAAUGAAGCAGCUUAGAUUUCCUGGGAGACUUAAGCCUGAAAUGAGUGGCAAGCUACAGUCUACAUCAGUGGAAUCAACUUCUUCAUUAGACUGUCCUAAGGGGCACCAUGUCCAGGCUUAUCUCACUUGCACAUCCACAUGCUAAUCAAAGGCCUGGUUAAAACCUCACUACUGUCAGGAGGCUCCUGAUUGCGUGCAGUUGCAGUGGUAAGAUGAAGGCUGGUCAGGUGAUCUCCUUGACUCUGCUGUGUGUCGUGGCAGCCAGCGCUCAGGUCAUCCUGCCUUGAAAACGCCCCAAACCCGCUGUUCAGGAGAACUUUGAUGCUGCUAGGGUGAACACCAGACUCCUUUUUUCUAUUUAGUUUGAGACAAAGGCAGUGUUCUGUCUCAGGAGAGAAUUAAACAAACCAGACUGACCAGGAUGAUUGACUUAGUGGCCUUCUCUGCUACUUCAUGGCAUCAUGUCCCCUGUGUUGCCUCUGCAGUAUCUUGGAACCUGGUUCAACAUCCAGAAACUGCCAGAUGUCUUCCAGAAGGGUGAGUGCAGCACUGCCACCUACAGCCUGAAGAGCCCUGAAGUUGUUGGUGUCCUCAACAGAGAGCUGCUUGCUGACGGGACCAUUAAUUCCAUCACAGCCUCUGUCAAAGCCAAAGACCCCUCUGAGCCUGCCAAGCUGGAGGUUUCCUUCAUUGAGAACUCCCCCCCUGUCCCCUAUUGGGUCCUGUCCACUGACUACGACAACCACGGCCUCGUCUACAGCUGCACCGACUACGGCCUUUUCCAUGUGGACUUUGCCUGGAUUAUGAGCAGGAAGCAGGAAACCAUCGUGGAGCUGCAGAGCAUCCUGGCCUCUGCAGGAGUCAGUGUGGACAAGCUGCUCGCCACCAACCAGUAUGAGGCCUACUGCAGCGCCAUGAGCCAGUAAACACACAGAGGGGAACUCCUGAUCCACCCUGCAGGCCUGCAGACUGUGGUCUGCUGCACAUUGUGCUGCUUACCUGAGGACUGCACCUGCCCUCUAAGUCUCAUGCAAGAUCAAUGCAAUAAACCUGUUCAAUUGCAUUAAGGUGUCAUGUUCUCCUUUUGGAAUGGGCCCAGGACUUUGAGGUGCUAAGAUGUAAUACUUCACAACACAACUUUCCUUAACCUCUCAAACCUUGAUUUUGCCUUAAAUUUCCUUGUAAGUAGAUUAAAAAUCAGAAAAAAACUGUUUCCACACUAUAUGAUGAUGUUACAAGCAUAUUCUGUAUCUGCUGGUUGCAACACUUCAUUAA